UCUUCUCCAUAACUCAAAUUCUUCCACACAGGACAUUGAAAUCAUGUCUCAGAUGAUUAAUGAUUCAACAACCAUAAAACUUUUUGGUACUACCAUCUUUCUGACACACAACAUCUAUGUCUCUUCCAAUGAUUCUUCCUCAAAAUUUCCCCAUGAAGAUUUCUCUGAUCAUAGUCUUCAUUCAUCUGUAUCUUCAUCUUCUACACUUGAUGAGGUCUCACAACAAACCAUAGAGGCUUCAUUUCACCCCACAAAGGAUUUAAAAUCUCCCACAUCUUCAAAUCUUAUUCAGAACCCCAAGACUUCCUCAUCAGAAACAGAAACCUCUCAACUGAAUUCCACUACAAUUGAUGAACAAAGUGAUAUAUCACAAGACAAGGCUCCAAAGAAACCAGACAUAAUUGUUCCAUGCCCAAGAUGCAAAAGCAUGGACACAAAGUUUUGCUACUACAACAACUACAACGUCAAGCAGCCCAGACACUUCUGCAAAAACUGCCAGAGAUACUGGACUUCCGGUGGAACCGCGAGAAAGAUGCUUGUCGGAGCAGGUCGCCGUAAGAAUAAAGUCACUUCUAAUUAUCCUCAAAUGAGUACUGUCUUGACCUUUGGAUCAAAUUCUUCUAAUGUAACAUACUAUGGUGGUUUCUUGCAACCAAUAUGUAAUGUACAAUCUUGUGGCCCAAGUAAAUCUACAUUAGGGAAACAUUCAAGAGAUGGAGACAUGAUCAAUCUUUCUAACUCUGAGAAAGAAAAGGUUGGAUUAGAAAGCAACAACAAAGACAGUAAUGAUAGUAAUGAAGUGUUGAUUCCUAAGUUAUUGAGAUUUGAUGACCCUAAAGAUGUUGCAAAGAGUUCUAUAUGGUCAACAGUAGGAGUCAAGAAUGGGAGAGGAGUUUUCAAGGGAUUUGGAUCUAACUGUGAUAACAAUAAUCAUGCGGUUGAUGCAUCUUCAUCAGUGUUGAAAGCUAAUCCUGCAGCUUUAUCAAGGUCUAUUGUGUACCACGAGAGAAUUUGAUUGUGUAUAUAUAUUGAAGCUGUGUCCCACUCGAUGGGUGUCAGAGUUUGACAAAUAGAUUCAUAAGAUUCCAAAAUGUUUGUUGAUGUACAUAUUAUGUAUGAGGCAGGGUAAUUGGUAAAUAAUAAGAUGAAU